CGCAGAGCUGCAGUGCCAUCCCGGAUGCGGACGCACAACUUGGAGCAACUUUAAGAUCCAAGCAGCCGCCGGCCCGCGCGGACCCAGAGCAAGAAGGGGGCAAACAAGAAGAUGCCUCGGCCGGGCCGCAACACGUACAGCGACCAAAAGCCGCCCUACUCGUACAUCUCGCUGACCGCCAUGGCCAUCCAGAGCUCGCCCGAGAAGAUGCUGCCUUUGAGCGAGAUCUACAAGUUCAUCAUGGACCGCUUCCCCUACUACCGGGAGAACACGCAGCGCUGGCAGAACAGUCUGCGCCACAACCUAUCCUUCAACGACUGCUUCAUCAAGAUCCCACGGCGGCCAGACCAGCCGGGCAAGGGCAGCUUCUGGGCGCUGCACCCCAGCUGCGGGGACAUGUUCGAGAACGGCAGCUUCCUGCGGCGCCGCAAGCGCUUCAAGGUGCUCAAGUCCGACCACCUGGCGCCCAGCAAGCCCGCCGACGCCGCGCAGUAUCUGCAGCAGCAGGCCAAGCUGCGCCUCAGCGCGCUUGCGGCCUCCGGCACGCACCUGCCACAGAUGCCCGCUGCCGCCUACAACCUGGGCGGCGUGGCGCAGCCCUCGGGUUUCAAGCACCCCUUCGCCAUCGAGAAUAUCAUCGCUCGAGAGUACAAGAUGCCUGGGGGGCUGGCCUUCUCCGCCAUGCAGCCCGUGCCCGCCGCCUACCCGCUCCCCAACCAGUUGACUACCAUGAGCAGCUCGCUGGGCACUGGCUGGCCGCACGUGUACGGUUCCGCAGGCAUGAUCGAUUCGGCCACCCCCAUCUCCAUGGCUAGUGGCGAUUACAGCGCCUACGGCGUGCCAUUGAAGCCGCUGUGCCACGCAGCAGGCCAGACGCUGCCCGCCAUCCCGGUGCCCAUCAAGCCCACCCCGGCCGCGGUGCCCGCGCUGCCCGCGCUGCCCGCGCCCAUCCCCACCUUGCUCUCGAACUCGCCGCCCUCGCUCAGCCCCACGUCCUCGCAGACAGCCACCAGCCAAAGCAGCCCCGCCACUCCCAGUGAAACGCUCACCAGCCCGGCCUCCGCCUUGCACUCGGUGGCGGUGCAUUGA